CAAUUUGGCAUACCCUGUUUAUUAGUAUUUCUCUAUCUCUCUCUCACACACAUACUGUUACUCAAAGCCACCUCUCAAUCCACCAAUGGACAUGGAAAUGGACAUUCCUCUCCCAGAAGAGCUUGAAUUCCUUGAAUCCAACUCUCACCUCUACGAAGACGACUACCCAGACCUCGAACCACCGGAACCCUACCCACAACAAGAAGAACCUCAACCACCUUCACCUUCGUCGCCUACAGAUCCGCCACUUAUCUCUGAAACUCAAACCAACGGCCACAAGCGUCAUCGAUCGGAUGGCCUCCAUUCCUCCACAACAGAAAACACUGCUCCCUCGGAUGAUAAACGGUCCAGAAUUGACGUCCUGGAGCCGGAGCCGGUGCCCGACGAGGAGGAUUGGCUGCGCUACUCGCCGCCGCCAGCACGGGAGCCGAGUCCUGUGGUGGAGGAACAAGAGGAGAAGAUCGUGUCCAGGUACGCGUCGCAGAUCGACGGAGAUUGUAUUCCGGUGACUGCACCGAGCGGAGAUAGGGUUUAUGCGAAGAUAUGUAGGGUCGUGAGGGAGGAGCGUUUGAACAAAUUGCAUGCGAAAACGCAGUCUGGUGGACUUAUUUUGGAACCCGUCAAUGUUCUAUUGCAAAGAGUUGAGCAAGAGGCUUUUGCUAAGGCCUUGCAAGCAAGUUCUGAAGGCCAGAAUGACAAAAUUCUUCCUGAAACACCAGUGGUGCAUGAACAACUUUGGGUUGAUAAAUAUGCCCCAAGUUCGUUUACUGAGCUUCUCAGUGAUGAACAGACAAAUCGUGAGGUUCUCUUAUGGUUGAAACAAUGGGAUUCUGGUGUUUUUGGAUCUGAAAUUAGGAGUACAUCAGAUGAGGUUUUGUCUGCUUUGAAACGACAUUCUUCUAUUGCUCAGCAUCAAAAACAUUCUGAUUCAAAUUUUCUGAGGAAGAACAGAGGGCCUAGAUGGCGUAAUGAAAGAUUUAGAAAUUCAAACAAUUUGGAUCACGAAAAUAGUAUUUCUAAAGGGGUUCAGGACUCAUUGAACAAGAACUCAAGGCUCACUGGCCCACCAGAACACAAGAUCCUUUUACUUUGUGGUCCUCCAGGGCUUGGAAAGACUACACUUGCACAUGUAGCUGCUAAGCAUUGUGGAUAUCAUGUGGUGGAGGUUAAUGCUAGUGAUGACCGGUCAUCAUCAACAAUCGAAGCUAAAAUUCUGGAUGUGGUCCAGAUGAACUCUGUCAUGGCUGACUCAAGGCCAAAGUGUUUGGUGAUUGAUGAAAUUGAUGGAGCUCUUGGUGAGGGCAAGGGUGCUGUGGAGGUUAUUGUGAAGAUGGUGUCUGCUGAAAAGAAGUCUGAUAUGGGGAAGGAAAAUGUUGCUAAAGAAGAACAACCAGGAAAGAAAUCUUCCAAGAAGGGACGUAAAACUGCUUCACUGUCUAGACCUGUGAUUUGCAUAUGUAAUGAUCUAUAUGCACCUGUCUUGAGACCAUUGCGUCAGGUAGCAAAGGUUCAUGUAUUUGUUCAACCAACAGUUAGUCGUGUAGUAAGCAGGCUCAAAUAUAUAUGUAACAAGGAGGGAAUGAAAAUGAGUUCUAUUGCUCUUACUGCACUUGCAGAAUAUACAGAAUGUGAUAUACGCUCAUGCUUGAAUACUCUCCAGUUCCUCAAUAAGAAGAAUGAAACCCUCAAUGUGUUGGAAAUCAGUUCUCAAGUAGUUGGCCGAAAGGACAUGUCAAAAAGUGUUUUUGAUAUCUGGAAGGAGAUUUUCCAAAGGAGAAAAAUCAAGCGGCAAAUAAAAUCUAAUAAUAAUUCCAGCAGUGUAUCCAAUGAGUUUGACCUUUUGCACUCUCUCAUAUCUAACCGUGGUGACUAUGAUUUGAUAUUGGAUGGGAUCCAUGAAAACUUUUUGCAGCUCCAUUAUCAUGAUCCAGUGAUGCAAAAAACUGUCAAGUGCUUAAAGAGCCUUGGUGUUUCUGAUCUGAUGCACCAAUAUAUAUUGCGUACACAGCAGAUGCCUAUUUAUGUUUAUCUGCCUCCUUGUGCAAUUGCUGUACAUCGUCUAGUAGCCCAAGUUCAAAAACCAAACAUUGAAUGGCCUAAGUCAUAUCAAAGAUGCCGAACAAUGUGCCUGGAAAAGAUGGAGGCUAUAAGGUCUUGGCACUACAAAAUUCCACCAUAUAUUUCAAGGCAUCUGUCUACUAAGUCCUUUGUAGAAGACUUGGUUUCUCCAUUAUUGCAUAUUUUGUCACCACCAACUCUAAGACCGGUGGCAUUACAAUUAUUGUCAGAGAGAGAGAAGAAUGAUCUGUCUCAGUUGGUUAGCACAAUGGUAUCCUACUCUAUAACAUAUAAGAACGUCAAAUCUGAUCCUUUGUCUAUUAACCCAAGACAUGAAGCAACUUCAGAUGCUUCAUUGAUCUCUUUUGAUCCUCCCAUCAAUGACUUUAUUAACUUCAAGGGCUAUAGUUGUGGUCAUUUUAUACUUACUUCGGCUAUGAAGCAAGUGGUGUUGCAUGAGGUUGAGAAGCAAAAGAUCUUGCAAGUAAGCAUCGUAAGAUCUGUUAAUUCAAUAGAUGGAUGCACUAAGGAAAGGCGAGAUUUUGAAGAGUUGGAAUCUAGCAGAGCUCAAUCUGCCAAAACUGAUCAAUCGCUUGCAUGUGUUGAGAAAAACAUAGAAAAUGAAAAGAAUCUGUUAAAUAUAAGGCAAUGUAAUCCAAGUACCUCCAAAAUUUCAUCAAACUUGGCUUCUAGUGAAAGUGCCACAGCUUGUGUGAAACUGAAAUCCAGCGGGGAUGUCAAAAAGCCUUAUAGUGGUUCCUCAAGUUUCUUCAGCAGGUUUAAGAAGUUGAGUAGCAAAGGCUCUCAGAGUACUGAUAUUGUUGUGAAGAAAGAAGCAACCUUGGAAAGAGAUUUGCGUCCGCUACUAUUUAAAUUUAAUGAGGGUUUUACAAAUGCCGUUAAAAGGCCAGUUCGAAUUCGUGAGUUUCUUCUAUGAGGAGGAAUCCCAGUUCUUGUGAGCAAUGUGAAAAUUAUUCUAUUUUUGUUCAUUUAUAAUAUAUAUAAUUUUUUUAUUUUAUCCUCAAGUAAAUUUGUCAAAAUUACUCUGUAAUGUUCAUAACCUGAUUUAAUAUGCAAUAAUAUAUAAGUUUUCUCUUCUA